AUGGCAGCAGGCCGUAAAAGAGGACCAGUUGGGGAAUAUUUUAAUGAAGUUCCUCUACCUGUGGAUACAAAUUUGCAGGUGCAAUUAGCUGCUGGCACUAUAAGGCCUGAGACGAGAGGACCACCAAGCUUUUUCUUGAACAAAGAGAUCCAUAUUUGGUUUCAGAUUGCAGCUAUAUUGCUUUUUGGAGGUUGGAUGCUGCUAGCAUUUGGAACAGUUCUUACCUUGUCUUGGAUUUCUAUAUCUCAGGGACUUUGCCAGAGGAGGAUCAUCUUGAUUGGCACAAUCUUGGGACUGCUAAUUUUUCCAUGUAGUUUGGAUUCUGCAUUCGCUAAUGAAAUUGGUGGUUAUUCCUCCACAGACAAUGCUGGGAAACGUAAGCUUGGCUGGGACUACACCAUGGCUAUCCUGGAUGUCGUUCUACCAUGUUUGUUGCCCAGAUACAAUUUAAAUGAGGUCAAGUCCAAAGUCUUUUUCUCUUCUGCUACAGAAAGUAGAAUUCUAGUAGGAGAAGAUGAACAAAAUAAUCCAUCAGUGAAACUAGUGUUUUAUGAUUGA